AUGACUUCAAUCGACGACAAGUCCAAAUACACUGGGACUGAGGUCUUUGACCAAGAGCCUGGCACUCAGAUUGUCAUAAACGCAGCCGUUGAGAAGUCAUACCUACGCAAAAUGGAUGCAUGGCUCCUAUCGUAUCUGAGCAUUAUGUACUUUUUCAAUGCCGUUGAUCGCAGCAAUUUAGGCAAUGCAGAGACUGAUGGAUUGAGCAAAGAUCUCAAGUUUCGCGGAGAGGAAUUUUCGCUCCUGAUCCUCUUAUUUUAUGUUCCCAAUGGCCUUUGCGACCUCCCGCUUAACUUGCUUUUGAAGAAGUUCUCUGGUAGAAUCAUGCUCCCCACACUUAUGGUGGGAUGGGGCUCUAUGGCGCUAUUUCAGGCUGCGUGUAAGAACUUUGCAGGCUUGUUAGUGAUCCGUCUUCUGCUCGGUGCAUUUGAGGCCGGGUUUUUCGCUGGCGCAGUCUUUUAUCUGACUCUCUUUUACACUCGUGGUGAAUUAGGGUUCCGAAUCGCCAUCUUCUUUGGUAGUGCGCUUCUGGCUAGUGCCUUUUCUGGACUGAUCUCCUUUGGUGUCUUUCACAUCAAUGUUCCUCACAUUCAUGGCUGGAUGUGGCUAUUUCUAAUUGAGGGUGCAAUGACUGUGAUCCUGGGCGUCGUGGCAUUUUGGUGGCUGCCGGCCAACCCGCAAACUGCCUGGUUUCUCACUGAAGAAGAGAGGGAGAUAGCCACGCAAAGGUCUUUACGCGAUGGCUCUGGCAAAGUCGGCGAGGAAUUCAACCUCAAAGAAUGUUUUAAUAGCUGGAAGAACUGGAGAUUCCUUGUCUGGUGUGUUAUUAGUUUGACUUACCCGGUCGCAUUUGCCACCACCUCUAACUUUCUCCCACUUAUUAUCCGUCGCUUGGGAUACAACACGGUUAUUACGAACCUCCUGACAGUCCCACCCAACGUGGCUGGCUUCUUUGUCUUACUAGCAGUUACCUGGAGCUCCGACCGCCACAGAGAGAGAACGUUACAUAUUGUUGGUAGCUUGAUGAUCAGUUUUAUCGGCCUCCUUAUCCUAGCCAUCAUUGACGCUGAGGCUCACGUUGGAGUCGCUUACUUUGCCUGCUUCAUGUUGGCUGCUGGCGCGUACAUCCCAAGCUGUCUGGUGCACAGCUGGCACAAUAACAACAAUCUUAGCGAGAACUCACGAGCUGCUACUACAGGUCUACUGGUCGGUCUUGGCAAUCUUGGCGGCAUCAUCUCGGCCGGAACGUUCAGAACUACUUAUGCACCUAGCUAUGCGCCAACCUUGAUCGGCACUGCCGCUUGCAACAUCACUUGCAUUGUGUUCACCUUGGGGCUGGGAUUCUGGAUGAGGAAGCAGAACCGUCAGAAGAAUCAGGAGCAGGGGGUUAACCUGAGGGCUGAGGAUGUGGCCACUAAUGAGAUUACGGAGGGGGAGAAUGACCCACGUUGGAGAUACUUUGUUUAA